GUAUCUUAAUACCCUAAUUUGUAUAUACAUAUAUAUACAUAAAUUAUUCAUAUUUGUACAGAUGAACUCGAUCAAACAAGAUUUAACCCAGGAUUAUAACAUAUAAUGUAUUUGUUUAUGUUUAUAAUCAAUAAAUAAUCACUAUGACUAAUGAAAUAUGCUCCAUUUUAUCACGAAAUACCAAUAGUACUACUACUACUACCACUACCAAUACUACUAAUAUAAAUACUACUUAUAAUUCAGAUUGUACAACUGGUCAUAUGGAUGAUAUUCUUGAUGCAAUAGUUGAUGAAAAUGAUGAAGUUAUAUGUGGUAUAACUAAAGAAGAACAAAUAAAUAAUGUUCAUGGUAAAGCUUCAAAUAAUCCACCUUGUUCAAGUUCCAUUACACAUUUAACAGUAUUGAAUAAUAGUUUUCAAUGUCAUAUAGAACAAUCCACAUCAUUGAAAGAUACAACUCAUACAACUAAUGAUAACUGUAAUGAGGACGAUAAUAAUAACAAUAAUAAUAGUAAUGUGAAUAUUUCAAAAAAUAAUAUCUGUAUUACAAAUAUACCUAAAACAUUAACUGAUUGUUGUCAUUCAUAUGAGUUUUUAUUAAAUUCGGAACAUUUGAAAUUAGAAGAAAUUGAAGAUAGUUCAGUACAGUCAAAUGCAUCAAUGAUAUUAUCAUGUAAAACAACUAUGAUACCGUCAUCAUCAUCAUCAUUAUCAUCGUCAGAUACAAUAACAACCUAUACAACUAGUGGAUUGAUAGAUAGAACUAGUUUAAAUGAUACAGAUUUCAUUCAACAACAAUAUCAUCAUUUAAUAAAUGAACAACAACAACAACACCCAAUGGAGACAAGUAAUUUGAAUUCACAAAGAUCUUCUAAACGUGGAAGUAAAACUAGUCUGAACAGUAUGGAUAUGUGUAAUAAUAGUAAUAUUGGUGGUAGUAGUACUAGUAUUAGUAGUAAUAAUAUUAGUUCUAGUCAUAAUAAUAAUAAUAAUAUUGGCAAUACUAAUCAAAAAUCACGUAAUUUAAAUGCUAUUACGAAUAGUAAUAACAGUUUUAGCAGUAAUACCAACAAUAGCGAAGAACGUAAAUUAUUUGUUGGUAUGUUAAGUAAACAACAAAAUGAAGAUGAUGUCAGAUUAUUAUUUGAACCAUUUGGUACAAUUGAAGAGUGUACAAUACUUCGAGAUCAAAGUGGAAAUAGUAAAGGGUGUGCGUUUGUAAAAUUCUCUACACAACAAGAAGCACAAUCCGCUAUUCUUACUCUACAUGGAAGUCAAACAAUGCCGGGAGCUUCAUCAAGUAUCGUUGUGAAAUUUGCCGAUAGUGAAAAAGAACGUCAUACAAGAAAAAUUCAACAAUUAAUUGGUCCAAUGGGUUUAUUGAGUCCAACCAUAGCACUGUCUCAACUAAAUGGUAAUAUGUAUUCACAAAUGAUAGAGAAUAUGGCACAAACAACAGGUUAUAUAAAUCCAGUUGCUGCAUUGGCAUUACAACUUCAGCAUGCCAGUCAGUUAGCUACAGUCAACUUACCGACUAAUGUAACAAAUUUAGCAAUGAUUUCUGCUUUAACCAACGGUUCCAGUGGACAUUUAGGCUGUGCUCCACUACUGCAUAGUCCACGUUCAGGUACUGUUAAUCUAUCGCCUAACUGUCAUACAAAUCCAAUGGCUGCGGCAGCAGCUGCCGCCGCUGUGCUUGGUAUGUCCGGCAAUAAUCCUCAGCUAACACAAAUAUCACCUCAAAUGGCAGCUUUAUCCAAUGUAAACAGUACAUGUAUUUCUGGAGAGACAGGAAAUAAUAACCCCACUAAUAAUGGAAACUCUACAGCGGCAGCGGCCGCCGCUGCACUCAGUACAAAUGCAGCAAUGGCUGCAGCCGCCGCAGCUGUAGUUGCUAUGGCAAAUGGGAAUGUGACAGGGAAUGUGAAUUCAAAUGGAACAACGUGUGGUUUGACAGGACAAACAAUAGGCUUAGGAUCUCCCGGAACUGGUGGUCAUACAUUGGCUCUACAUGGAGUUCCUGGGACACAUACACCAUCGGCAACUCUCAGUGGUCUUGGCGCUGUUUCUCUUCCUUUGAAUCAAGCAAUUUCAAAUACUUCUUUUGGCUUAAAUACAUUAACAUCUCCAUUAACUGGACUUCCUACUGAUGCACUUUCCCAUUUGUAUCCCAGUGUUCCAACUUAUGGAUUAUCUUAUCCUUCACCGGUCACAUCUGCUUUAAAUCCAUUCGCUACAAUGGCACAUCAAGCACUUACAAUGCCUAUACAACAGAAAGAAGGUACUAAAGAUCUAAUAUUAACAGCCAACAGUUUAACAAAUGAUCAACGGGCCAGAGGGAUGCAAUCUUUUCAUAUACCACCUUCCACAGGAAUUUGGCGAUCCAGAAUUGGCUCAGAUGUUUAUGCCAUUUGGAACAGUAAUCAGUGCUAAAGUAUAUGUUGAUCGUGCAACGAAUCAAAGUAAAUGUUUUGGUUUUGUUAGCUUUGAUAAUCCAUCAAGUGCACAAACAGCUAUACAUGCAAUGAAUGGUUUUCAAAUUGGUAUGAAGCGUCUUAAAGUUCAAUUGAAACGUCCAAAAAGUGAUUCCACAAAACCAUAUUGAAUUAAAACUACAAUAAUAAUAAUAAUAAUAAUAAUAUACAGUAUUCAAUAUGAUUUUAACUUUAUUUUCUCCUCUUUUUCUUCUCUUUUUUCUUUCUUUAUUCUGAUCUUCUUUAAUGUUAUUAUUUUAAACAUUCUAUAUUAAUAACAAUCUAGUAUAUUUAUGUUUACGAAUUAAAUGUACACAUCCAUAUAAUUGUAUUCAAUGUACACAAGUUUAGAAGGAGAGGAGAAGAAAGAGGAAGUGAAGGUGAAAUUCAUGCAUGCAUGUGAACAAAAAGUAAUGGACAAAUAUUUUCAUCAUAAAUAUAAUGGUAGAAUGAAAUCUAAAAGUGUAUUCUUCUAUUUUAUUUUUCUUUCGAAAUUCAGUAGAACCUGUUCAUUAUUUUGUCUAGUGUACAUACUUGUAUACACAUAAUUACGAUAAUAGUAAUGAAUAAGGGAUUAAUUCUUCUAAGAAUUACAAUUCAAUGAACAUCUUCAGUUUAAUCAAAUGAACUCUACAUUUCCAGAUGAAAAUACAAUAAGAUCGAAAAAAGCUGGAUAACGUUUUAAACUACUUAUUUCAACAAAAGUAGUUCUCAACAAAAUAAACAAAUAAUCACGUUUGAAUGAAUGAAAACUAACAUUUUAUGUGAUGUUCUUAGUUCAUAUUAGUUUUAAAGGAGAAACAAAAAACGUACGACUUUUUUUGAGGAGGAAUAUUUUCUGCAGUUUUAUUUAAUGUUGUGUUAUUUGUUUCACAAAUUAAUCAUUUACUGUACCGCUUUAUCAUUUAUUUCAAUUCGGCAUAAUUCUACCAAUUUUAAUGUAUGUAUGUAGGUUUGUUCGUUUGUGUGUGUAUGUAUGUAUGUAUGCAUGUACGUAUGCAUGUGUUUUGUUCACAAACACUUCUCAUAAAUUACUUUCAUAAAAUGUACGAUUGAAAAAAUAGAAGAAACUCCUUUUGUUUCCUUAAUCACUAGUAAUUUAUUUUGAUCUCCAUUAUUUUAUUCCUUUAGACUGAAAUAUAGUUUGUUGUUAUUGAUUAUCUUUGCAAACUAAUACUGACCAUAAUCUUUGGUCAAUGGUAAUUCAUUUUUGAAAUGGUUCCAUUUUUUGUGUGUUAUUUAUUGAACUACUUGUAAGUAAGCAAAUUUGUUUAUCUUAAAAUACUCUGCAUUUAUUGUGAUCGAUAUUUGGAGGGGAUGAUGUGUGAUAGCUGAUGGAAGUAUAUACGUUACUAAAUGUAUUGGCCCAAUUGGUUGCAUUAUAAAUAUUCAAAAUUGACAAUAAACACUGAUAUACUGAAAAUUUACUAAACAAGCACGAUAAAUAAUCAUCUUUCCUAAUUUUAUUACUUACCUAUAACAUUUGGAAAUUAGUGAGUAGUAUAUGUAAUCUAACAUGAAGAAGAGGAGAAUAAUAAAUUGCUUGAUUGUUACAUUCCUCAUUUGGAAUAAACUUUUUACUUUAUUUUACAUAAAAAUAAACAAGAAGUAUUUUUCAAACAAUAACUACAUAAAUUACUUUUCAACAUUAGAAAUAAAUACAUUUACAGAGAAGAGAAUAUCUUUAAAAAAGCAGGUAAAUAUAUGAGUUAUUUCACUUAUGUAACAUCUCCUCUCACAUUUAUACGUAUACACUUAAUGAUCUCAUAGCUACAAGAUCAUCAUAUUUCAUCUAACUUUGAAGUGGAUUUCAAGUAUCAUUUCAAAUAUAUUAAUAAUCCUUUAUAAUUAUUUGUGUAUAUGCAGUGUACGUGUGUGUGUGUGAAAAGAGAAUGAUAAGAUGUUUAUUUCUUUUCGUUUUUGCUUAUGAACGAGACUGUCCAAGGGAAUUUGUUGAUAUCAGUAUAUAAUUGGAAGUUUACAUGUAUACCUAUGUAGUUUGUUCAGUAAUGUCAAUAUAGUGGAAGCCAGAGCAGUCGACACCGAUUUAGCCCAUCUUCAGAGCCAAUGUGAUGUUAAUCUGGCUCUAAAAUUUCUAGUAAACGGCUAGUCAUUUAAAAC